AUGGACGAACGCGACGCGAUUGCAAAGCUGCGGGCAGCAGACACGAGCCCCGUGAUAGCCACGCCCUUUGGAGCCCGAGCGCUCGUGUACGCCGACUACGUGGCAUCGGGUCGACCCGUCGCCUCCAUCGAAGACACUAUCUCGCGCGCGGUGCUGCCGCUCUACGCCAACACGCAUACCGAGACGUCGUACUGCGGACACCAAAUGCAUUUAUGGCGCGCCGAGGCCCGCGCUUCGAUUGCAUCGGCCGUCGGCGCCGAUGCGGUCCAGGACGUUGUACUCUUUGCGGGCACUGGCUGCACAGGUGCUAUUCAGCUGCUCGUUGGACGCCUUCGCCGCCUCUACAAGCUGCACAAGGCCGUCGUGUUCCUCGGGCCGUACGAGCACCACUCGAACGACUUGGUGUGGCGCGAAUCUGGCGCAACGAUCGUCCGCAUUCGACCGGGUGCCACUGGCGGGAUCGACCUCGACCAUUUGGAGAUCGAGCUCCAGCGCUAUCGGCUACGAGCGCUGCUCAUCGGGACCUUCUCUGUUGCGUCCAACAUCUCUGGCAUUACGACGGCGGUGGUACCCGUGACGCGGCUCCUCAAGGCCUACGGCGCCCUGGCAUUCUGGGACUAUGCGGCUGGCGCCCCGUACAUGGACGUGGACAUGCACGAGGGCGGCGUGGCGAAGGACGCGAUCUUCUUUUCCAUGCUCAAGUUUAUGGGCGGCCCCGGCGCCCCGGGCAUCCUCGUGGCCCGUCGCGCACUGUUCCAUGCACCAAGUAACACGCUAUUCGAGACCGGCGAAAACGGUGCGCCACUGCUGGCCGAGACGCUGGGGCGCCUCGAGUGGUGGCCCGCGCGGGUGCUAAGGCGCGCUCGUCGCUGGGCAGCGUCCAAGUCGCCUCGAUGGAACGACGUACCCGUGUAUCCUGGCGGCGGUACCGUCCGCCUCGUGGGAACCCCGGACGUUGUCGGCGCGCUCCGGGCCGCCCUCGCCUUUCAGCUCAAAGCGAGCCUCGGCGACCUCGUACACCUCGAGCAUGCCAUCGCUGCGCGCGUCACCGCAGCGCUGCAGGCCCAUCCGUGCGUUGUCUUGCCCGGCGAUCCGGCGGCGCCCCGCCUCCCGACGUUUUCGUUUUUGAUUCGACGUGGAUCGCUCUUCCUGCACCCUAACUUUCUUCUCGGCAUUUCGGACGAGGUUGCGGCCGUGCUGUUCUCACUCGAGCACCGGGGCGCCGGCGCCGUCCAGCCGGGCUUCACCCGCUUCAGCAUACCCGCGUUCUGGAGCCGCGAGCGCGAACAGCUCGUUCUCGACGCCGUGCUGUUUGUGGCGUCGCACGGCUGGCGCUUCAUGGCGCUCUACGAUCUGAGUUUGUCCUCGGGCGCCGCCAUCUGUCGCUUGGCAACACCUCCGCUUACGGCGUGGAGCGACGUUGUGCUUGGCAUCAGCACCCCAGUGCAUACAGACAGCAGCGGUGCCUCAGUGCUGGCUACAGCCUACGCCAUGUUGAUCGACCUUCAAGAGACUCCGCAGAUGCUUGACGAUGUCGAGCCUCUCGCUGCGCUGCAAUCGCUCGUGGGCUGCAACGCCAAGGACCUCGGCCCGUUUUGCUGGUUUCUGACGCCGUAUGACGUGGCGCACCAGGGUGGCACCUUGAUGACGGACCGCUGCAGUACUGUCCUGCGACCUCUGUUCAACGCCGCCAAAAUAAGCGACCGGACGCCAGCACUCUCGCACGAGGCGCUACGCCGCUUGCAAAAGGCCCUGUACGUCAAGCCAACCCGUGUUCACGCGGUCUAUGGCCCCCGCGUGGUGCACAAGCUCCUGGGCUUCAAGUAAACGCAAGAGUCGAUCGGUCAACGGGAUCCCAUUCACGGUAGGUAGUAGUACAGUUGGAGCUC